AUGUUCAGAGUACUUCUGCCAUGUUUGAUUUUGUGGAAUGGUCUAUUUUUGGAGGCCUCUCCUUUGGGUCGCCAAAAAACGACCUUAUUUUUAUUAGGUAUUGUGGAGAUCGGUGAAAAGAAUUACUACAUUUCUUUGGAAAAAUCGAACUGGUUCGAAGCAAGCAACCACUGCCGUCGAAAAGGUGGAUUCCUGCUAACUUUAGAAAGCAUGGAAGAGCUGGAGCUCCUUAGCCCUUUCCUUCAUCCAGCCUAUAGCUACUGGCUGUCCAUCAAUGACCUUGGAGUUCGUGGCGAAUACGUAUCGGAGGCCACGGGACUUGAGGCCCCUUUUCUUAACUGGUCUGUCGGACAGCCGGACAACGGCGAUGGCGACGAUCGGUGUGUCGAGCUCUGGAGAUCGACAAGUUCCUUCCGGAUGAGCGACUCAUCCUGCCGAAUGUCUGUCGCAUUUAUUUGCCAGUUAAACUAGG